AUGCUGACUGGCCAAUGUGAGAGUUCUGGGCAUGGAAAAGAAGACGAGGUCAAGCAACUACGGAAAUCCCUGGAGCAACAGAAGGAAGAGGCAAACAACCGUCAAGAGGAGCUCCAUGUAGAUGCCUUGGAAAGGGUGCACAAAGCAAUAGAGGAGGAGAGGAGGAAGUGGGAGGCAGAAAAAGUGGAAGCUGUGCAGGUGCAACGUGGGAUACUGGAAGAACAGAACAGAAAGAGUCUGGAAAGCAUGAGGAGUGAGAUGCAGCAAGAAAAGAGUAAAGCACUGGCUAUUCAACAUAAAAUGAUGGAACUAAAAACAAGAGUGCAGGAGUUGGAGAGUGAACGCUGUGCACAGCAGAGAGAGCAGGAGUCUUUGCUGGCUGUUACGUGCAAAUCACUGAAAGAGGGGCACCAGGCUGAGCUGCAGAGGUUGGAGAGACAGAUUGGACAGGAGAGUCAGAGAACAGUGCUGCAGCUUGAGCGGGCUGUUCAGCUGGCAGAGGGAGAGGCCGACAGGCUCCGGGUGAUGCUAGAAGAAAGGGAGAGCAGCCAUAAGCAAGUCACAGCUGAGCUGGAUCGGCAACUCAGGCACUGGGUCCAGGAGCUGGGAGCAGAGUGCCAGCAUCUACAUCUCUUAGUGGAACAGAGUGGAGCCAAACAAAGUGCUGUGCAGCUACCUGAAAGUCCCACAGUAGCUGAAGCUUUUACAAACCUGAGAACACUAAGAGAGCAGUUGAUGCAGUUGAUUAACCAUCUGCACAAGGAGCUUGAUUCACAGAAAAAAACCACUGAGCAGCUGAGACAAGACAAGGAGCGAGAAUUGAGCAUCCAGAGACAACAGCUGAGGAUAGAGAGGGAUCAGGCCUUGAAUUUUCUAAAGAUGCGUCUAAUUCAGGAGCACGUUGAAGAGUUGAGCAGUAUGAACUGGGCUCAUAUGAGUGAUGGAGUGGCAGCUUCUCUCCGCAAGCAGCUGAAAACCAAAGACGCAGAGCUCAGGCAGGUUCAGAGGAACAUGGGUCAGUGGAAGGAACAGACUGCAGCUCGUCCAGCAUGCGGUUUUGAAGAAGACUUGACAGCAGAACUGGAAAGAAAAAUAUCAAACACUCCAGUGGAGAGGCAGAAAAAGUCUGAGCGGUCUGAAGAACAUGUGACUCUUAGUGCUAAGGAAACUCUUCAUUCAGCUUGCUCUCCCUCCCUCCAUGCUGCCUCCUACAGCCCCUCCAAUGUGGCUUCAUUUAAGGUUCUACAUUACCUCCAGAGCAGAGUGAAGCAGCUCCGUGUAGAAAACCAGGCCAACAACUGGAACCCAUCUCCUCCAGAUACAGUGCCUUUAGAUUUGUCAGGAUCCUAUCUCGCAACAGUGUGAUGGGUAGCUGUGUAUUUUGGAUUGGCUUCCAGUCUAGCCUGAAGUGAGGCACACAGAUCAACAAGCUCCUGGCUACGCGUUGUUGGAGGCUGCACCGUCCAGUCCCUCCAGAAGUCCACUUCGCCAGAAGACAGAACACUCUGCUUUACUUCCAGCAGCUGUGAACACAAAAAGAACAAUCAGUACAGCACCAUGUACUGCCACAAUACAUGUACUAAUGUAACUGAAAAAUAUAUCACAGUAUGACAAAGAUUUUUUUUAUGUGAACAUAAUGUUUAAUUGAAUCUUAGUGGCCCACAAAACAUGUCUCUUCUGUGCAAU